CGAGCUGCCAGACGUAUAAACUACAAGGAGUUCGAAAGUGAGGAAUCAGCCGAGGAGGAGGUGGUGGAGGAACCUGCUGUCGAAAAAAGUGCAGUCUUUGAGGACUCGUCAGCUCGCACGCCAGCAUCACCACCGCAGUCUCCGGUUGGCGGCCGAGCGCGUCGUAUCCUCUCCGACAGUGAAUACGAACCCUCGAUCGCAGAGAGUACAGACCACGAAGAGGAGGAGGACAAUCAAGAGGCUGAGAAGGAGCAGGAGGAUAAGAGUGAACAGCAGGUGCAACCACUGCUGGAGACCAACAACACCGGCGAGCCGUCGCCAGCGUCCUCUCAGCAUGAACUCUUCUCCUGUGACGAGGAUAGCUGUCGUGGAGCAUGUGCAGAUGCAUCCGAUCCGUCCCCAGGGCCCGGCAAAACAAGUCCCCUCCCCGCCCCUUCCUCCUCCUCGCCGGUGUUUGAGGAGUCUGAGCCGUCUCAGCGAUUGCAAGCACCUCUCGGAAGUCCCCAGUUUU